AUGUCUGGCUCAAAAUCAACCAAAGCCACCACUACCAGGAGUUCCGCUACCAACGAGACCAAAGCUCCGAAAUCCAAGGUCAAAAGCAACGGUCCAAAAAAGCCACCAAACGCUUACAACAAAUUCAUGCAGACUGAACUUCCCAAAGUUAAGGCCGAGAAUCCUACACUUCAGCAUAAAGAUGCGUUUAAACUUGUAGCCAGUCGUUGGAAAGAUAGUCCUGAGAAUCCGAAAAAUAAUAGCACUGGUGGUGCACAAUAA